GCGCACCGGCUGGCGCGAGGCGGCGGGGCCGGGAGGCGGCGCGUGCUCCGUGUCUGUGUCCCGGUGUCUGUCCGUGGGCGGCGGUGCCGCGAUCUUCCCUCGGGAUCCCGGCAUGAGCCGUGCCUGGCAGGCUCUCCGCGCUCUGCGGCUGCGGUUCGUGGGGCCUGCCAAGGAGCUGGUGGGCACCGACCAGUUUGGCAACAAGUACUAUCGGAUGCCCAAGCACGAGAGCCGCGCAGGGCAGAUUAUACCAGAAAGAAGAUUUGUAGAAGCAGUAAAUCGUGAAGCAUAUCAGUAUCAAAUUGGUGACUUUCCAGUAGAAUGGGAAGCAUGGAUAAGAAAAAAGAGAGACGAUCCACCCACCAUUGAGGAAAUUCUUAGGAAUGAAAAUUAUAGAGAAGAAAUGAAGCAGAAAGUCAAGGAUGUAUCUGAAAAGGAUAAGCUGCUUCAGGCCAAAGAGUAUGAGGAAGGACUUGUUGCUGAACCAAGUCAUACUCAGGUUAAAGGCCACGCAUCUGCCCCUUACUAUGGAAAGAAGGAGCCCUCACAAGACCCCGCAAGCACUGCAAAUAUCUUCCAGCCAGGUGCCUGGAUGCCACCAGGCAGUGGUAGUAGUAAAAAUAAAUAAGCAAUUUAAUGGACAGAUACUGUUAAUGGAUUAAUAUUUUAACAGACAACAUGCAUAGCUAUUAUAUACUAGAGUACAAUAAAGCCGUAUUAAAGCAGUUUCAGUUAUUUUUGCAGAACUAUUCAAAUAGGCUUGAUCAUGACAAAGUAUGUAAAGUGUUUGGGUUUAGUGAAAAAGAAUUCAUAGUUAAAAGACUAUCUAAAUUUUCUUAAAGUCUAAAUUACUUUUUUCCUUGAAGUCUAAUUUAGUUUUAAAACUGUUCUUAAUGUAAGAAUUGUUGUCUAUUCACUUACAUUUUCUAAAGCCUUGGCCAAGAUGUCUCUUUGGAAUAAAUCCCUUGGCAGUGCCAGCAUGCUUUCUGCUGGCAAGCAGACGGAAAAGUUGAUUUCAUUAACAGGAAUCACUACUAGACUGCACUGAUUACGCAGUGUGUAUUUAUCGUAGAGAUGGUUGUGUAACUUAAAACAGUCAACAAAUUUGAAUGUUUGAUUUUAAAACAGUCAACAUAUUUGAAUGUUUGAUUUUAAAAUAGGCAACAUAUUUGAAUGUUUGAUUUGCAGACAGCAAUUUGCACAGGGUAAAAUCAGUUAAAAUACAUAUAACUGCUAUAAUAGAAGAUAGAAGUACUUGAUAAAGCUGCUGGAAAAUAACACUAGGUCUCGGACAAGGGACUGUCAUGAAUAUUUUUAAAAAAUACUAGUUUUUAUUCCUGGUGUAUCCAUGGACUUCCCUAGAUGAUUAGAUCAUUUUGGCCAUAAUUUAGAUACAUAAAAUGUGCAGAUUAUUUGCUUAGAGAUGAUGUUUGAGAACUUCAAAUAAAAAUAAAGACCACACA